GUGGUUCUUUCGACAGGUUAUUGGUGAAACGUGGAGCCUGAUGUGCGAAAUUUUGAAGUGAAAUAUAAAGACGAGCACGCUGCCGCCAUUCAAUCACUGUCACACACGCCAAAACUGUUUUCCACGCUUGUUUCACAUCGAGUCAAUGCAAUGAAGUAUCGCGAAUUGCGGUGAAAGAAGACGUCUUGUGUAUACUUGAACUUGAAGUGAUUCGCGCCGUCUCGUUCCUCCCUUCUGAACGAGAUAACAUUUCGACGAAUCUGUGUUGGAGCGAACAAAUUUGCUUUCCCGAAGAUGGGGAAUCCUGCCGGAAACGUGUUCCUCGUCGUUCUGGUCUACGUGUCAUCGCCGCUCCUGGUUUCUGGCUUGGAAGUGCUCGUGAAGGAAGGGGCUUCAGUUGCACGAACUGUUGCAUUGGUCUAUGAUGGAAUGGAUAUGUGCUUGAUCUCCGCUGGGGGCUGUCUGCGUUUUCAACCUUGUUCAUUGUUUUGA